AUGAUUUUAAUAUUUUUUUCCCUUUUAAUUAUUUUUUUAAGUAAUAUGUCAACUUAUAAAAAGGAAUCCACCUCUAAUGCAUAUUUCAUAGUUGUAGAAAAAUUGAAAAGAAAAAUGAAUUAUUUACUAAAAAAGGAAGAUUGCUACUUUUAUCGACAUAAUCUUAAUAUUUUUUCAAAGGAGUUUGAAAAACAAUUAAAAAAAAAAAGUGAAACGAAAAAUGAACUGGGAAUGUUAAAUAAUUUUAUUGACAAAUUAAUUUUUUUAUAUACUAACAAUAAAAAUUAUAAUAAGAAAUGUGAUAAAAAAUUAAAUAAAAGUUCAAAUGAACUAAAAGUUGUGGUUAAACCACCAUAUUUGUUAUCAAAAAAAAAUUUAUCUUUUAAUUUUUUUAAUUUUGCAAAUCAUAUUUAUGUUAAAUAUAAAUUAAAAAAAAAUGCCCUGUUUUCAUUAAAUAAAGAAACAUAUUCUUCAUUUGAUAAACACUCUUUUUCAACUAAUUACAAAAUAAUUAAACAUCCUGAUAAAGAAGAAAGUGAAGAUUGUUGUUUAAAUGGUAAGGAUUUUAUGGCUAUUGCUGAUGGAGUAGGAUCCUGGAUAAAAUAUGGGGUAAAUCCAAGAAAAUAUCCUGAAAGAUUUUUACAACUUUUAUAUAAAAAAAUAAAUGAAAAUAUUAAUAUGAAAAUAGAAGAUGUUUUAAACUAUGCUUAUUUAAAUACUGAUAUUGAAGGAUCAGCUACUAUUUGUCUAAUAAUUUUUAACAAUAACAAUACUAUAUCAACAGCUGUAAUUGGUGAUUCUCAAUUUAUGAUUAUUCGAAAUGAUAAUAUCAUAUAUAAGUCUAAGCCACAACAGUAUGAAUUUAAUUUUCCUUACCAGUUAGGAAGUAAUUCAAUAAGCAAGCCAAAUGAUGCGGAAAUCGCACAUAUAGAAGUACAAAAGAAUGACAUCAUUGUUGCAGGAACAGAUGGUUUAUGGGAUAAUUUAUAUGAUAAUCAAAUUUUAAACAUAGUUAAACAAAAUAAUUUUUCAUCCUUAUCAGAAAAAAUAGCAAAUGAAGCAUUUAAUUAUUCAAAAAUGAAAAGAUGGAUGUCACCAUAUAUAAAAAAUUAUAAUAAAAUAUUUAGAUGCCAUAAAACAGGAGGGAAAAUGGAUGACAUAACUGUAUCAUGUGCACUUGUUUGCUAA